ACUCUUGAUGUGCAACAUUACCAACACCAUCUUGCCUACUCACAAUCCAACCGAAGCAAUGUCCUUGAUGCGCAUAAUUUUCGACGGAUUAUGUAAUGAUAACAAAUCUUUUCAUAUUCAAGGCCUAGAAAAAGAACAAGAACAAGAAAUAAAUGAUCCGACAAAUUUAACAAGUACAAAUAAAUGGAUUCAUUUAGUAUCUCAGAUGUCAGCUGGAACCAAGAAACUUCAAUUUCAAACCUUUUUUAAUAUAUCGGUAGCUACAGAAUCUCAAUUAUUGGAUUGUUCAUUGGAUACGGAAACCGCACGAGAUUUAAUCAA